GCCUCUGGGCGCAGGGGCGACCCUGCUUAUCUCUGUGGGGGCAAGAACCUCAUGGUCCACACCGUCCGCCAGCUGCCCGCCGGGGCCGUCGACUCGUGCCGCGUCGGGGGCGAGAGGUGGAGCGCGCCCGUCAUCGCGGGCUCCGACGCCAGCGACAAGACGCCGUGCGCGGGCAUCUUGCGCGCGAAGGCCCCCCCGCAGCCCGACAUGACCGACGUCGUCGGCGCGCGCUCGGCCACCUUGGACGACUGCGCGGGAGUCAGCUCGCAGCUGAUCACGCCAGCGCGGUUGGCCGAUUUCUACGGAACCCAGAGGCGGACUCGCGACUCGAAUAUGGGCGAGAUCACUAACGCGACCCGCUACCUCGACGCAGGGGGCGAGCAUUUCAGUUUCAGGAAGUUCGCAUGCGCCUUCUACCCGCGCUUCCUUUGGCUGACCCCGGUCGACGAUGACGAUUAUCAUUGUUGCGAGGUCCAGUGCAGUGGCCAGUUCGGGCCGAUCGCGGGUAGCUGCGCGCCCGAGGGCCAGCGGCUGCAUUGCGAGAAUUUUGCGAAUCUCAGGGCGGCGGUCAAGCGCCGCAUGCACCGCGACCUUAUCAACACUGAGACUUGGCGCCAAUCGCGAGGAGCUCGCGGAACCGCUGAUCCACAUCCCCAGUGCCUGCGCCUGCCCAGCGUCGGGCUGAACCGCUUCAUGACGCGGGCCUGCGCCGAUUACCCCGGCGCGGACUGCAGCCGCGGCUUGCCGCCGCGGGAGGGCCUGGACAGCAUCGGCGCGCCGCGCGACCGCGACAUUUGGCUGCUGAACAAGCCGCGC